CAGACAUACUGUAGACGGGUGUAAAUUCAAGUUAAAUGGGUAAUUUACCGUCCAAAAGGGCAACAUCCGAAGGCAAAUAUAUAAGUAAUGUCAAUUUUGCCUUAGUUGGGUCAAGUGGCUGUGGAAAAUCUGCCUUUGUCAACGCCGUGAGAGGUAUCAACGACGCAAACGAGAACGCAGCAAGGGUUGAUGUUGUGGAAACAGGGGGAGAACCCAUUGAGUACAUGUGCCAAAACCCCCUUGUCAGCUUGUGGGAUCUACCUGGUUAUGGCACAGACAAAUAUCCCAAUCUUGAACUGUAUUGGAAGCGAUUCAAACUGGAUAAAUUUGAAAGAUUUCUGAUAUUUAUUUCGCCCAGAGUAACAAAAUUUGAUAUCGCAUUAAUAGAGAAAGUCAAAUCUGCGAAAAAGUCAUUCUUUCUCAUUUGUACAAAAAUGGACAUUGAAUACAUGUCGGAAAAACGUAAAAGUGAGAUUAGAGAAGAAGAGUUAAUGACAAGUAUCCGUGAUUUUGUUCUCAAAAGAACGAGUUUAUCACGUGAAAAUAUAUUUCUUAUCAGUAACUACGAUCCAGACAAAUGGGAAUUUCCCCAAUUGAUACGGGCUAUAACAACAGACACGACAGCAGAUUUAGUAGAUCAAUAUAUGGAUGAUACGAGAACAUACGUUAAUGAAAAUGGUGUAACAGAUGUUGAAAAUUUUCUCAAGAAAAAGCUUGAGGGAUCAAAAGAGGUGAAAAUUCGCUUUGGAAUAACUGGAGAGGCUGGUGUUGGAAAGUCAGCAUUCAUGAAUGCCAUAAGAGGACUUACAGAUGACGAUGAACGAGCUGCAAAAGUAGAUGUUGUUGAAGCAACGGUGGCACCAACAGAAUACCAGCACCCUAGCAAUCAAAACAUUAUCUUCGUAGACCUACCUGGCAUCGGCACACCUAAGUAUCCUGAUCUUGCAACCUAUUGUAGAAAAGUUGGUUUUGCCGAUUACGACACCUUCCUCAUUUUUACCGCAUUCCGCUUCAGGAACGCCGAUUUGGAACUUGCAAAGAAAGUUAAAGAAAUGGGCAAAUCAUUUUUUCUUAUCCGUACCAAGAUCGAUGUUGACCUCACCCCUAAAAAGGGAGGAAAACCAAUCAACGAAGAAGAAACUUUGGAGAAGAUUAAAAAAAAUUGCUUUGAAAAUGUUACGGAUUUAAUAUGCAGUGAAAAAGAAGUCUUUCUGAUUAGUAACUACGAUACAAACAAAUGGGAUUUCGACCGUCUUAUCCUAGCCAUUAGCGACGCGUUACCUAUUCUUCAGAGAGAGUGCCUGACGAUAUCGUUAACAAAUAUUACACGGGAGUGCCUAAAAAGAAAGGCGAGGUUUCUUAAAGCAAAAGCUGUCGCCGUGGCAGCCGUAUCUGGUGGUGCUGGGGCAAUCCCUUUUCCCGGGAUAGGAUGUGCUAUUGAUGUCGUAAUAAUUAAAGCUACCCUGAAUAUGAACUUCAGAGCAUUUGGCCUUGAAAACACAGCUCCUGAAGCGUUUGAACUGUUGGAAAAAAAGUUUAAAGACGUUAUUACAAGAUAUCAAAUGUCUUCUGCUGUUGAUUUAAUCAAAUCCUUUGGAGCUAAAGCAGCCGUAGGGUUGCUUGGAGCUGAACAGGUUUCCAAGUUCAUUCCAUUCAUUGGCUUGGCGAUCGCUGGCAGUCUGUCGUUUGCUGCGACAUUCUACUUUCUCAAUCAAUCUAUAGACGAAAUGGAAGAAGUGGCAUUGGUAAUAUGGGACAAUGCAUUUGAACGGUCGGUGAAAGGGUGACUAUAGAAAAUACCAAGUUAAUAUUUAAAUACAAUUAUUUUGUAUCCUAGGGGGGACGGGUCCAAUUUUUGGACGGGGCCAGUUUUUGGACUGUGGGGGGACGAAUGUCUAAUUAUCCCCCCAUUGUUAUACAUUCAAUGAAAGCAAGGGGCGUAAAUCAUGGGAGGACUGGGAGGACAGGUCCCUCACUUUUGGAGUAGGAGGGGACGAAUAUGUCAUUGUCCCCCCAUGCACUUUUAUACCAUAGUGUCUUAUUUAAGGUAUAUUAAAUAAAAAAUAAGAAAUGGUCUUCACAAAUGUGAACUUGAAAGUCCAAACCAUUCGAAAAUUCUAUAACAAUGGAUACAGGGACGUAGGAAGUGGGGUGGGGGGGAUUUACU